AAUUUUGAAUGAAUCGUACUGGAUCUACGCUUUUGAUGAGAAGCGUGUCACUUUCUCAACGAGCGUCUCAAAAUCUAACCGUUUGAUCAAAAUAUUUUUGACGGUCAUCGUCUCGCCGACAGCUUUGGAAAAGUCGCCGGAGAAAUUAACUGCUCCCGUGAGCAUCUCCGCCUGGGAAUUUGGUUCGAUUCUGAUCUUUUUAGUUGCUUUAUCUUCUGUUGCUGGAGGAAUCGUAGGUCAGCGAUGACAUUGAUCUUUGGAAUCGGCUUAAGAAAAUUAAUGAAACUAGGAUUGAUUUAGGUUAAGUUACUAUCUGAAGAUUGUACUCUCUGUAGAGAGAUGAUUCAGCAACACGAAAGCAAAAGCUACAAGUCUACAUCAGUGGAGGAGAAUAUUCCAAUGGAAGAUAGUAAAGCUGGUGAAGGUAUUAGAGCUCAAUGGCUAAAGUGCCUUGUCAUGGGGUCCCCUGGAGUAUUAGAAUAUGAGGCAUGAUUGAUUGUUUCUGAGUUCACUUCAAUUUUUCAAGAGAGUUUCUGAGAACCUAGCUAUCAGUAUCUAUCUAUCAUGAGAGAAAUAGGAGAAGAGAAAGUGGCGUGGAUAUACUUUACCAGAGAUGUUGUGCCGUUUGCUGCUAUGUUUGCUGUGGAGUGUACAACGGUUGGGUCGAACACACUGUACAAGGCUGCAACUUUAAGAGGAUUGAACUUCUAUGUCUUUGUCUUCUACUCUUAUGUUGUUUCAACAACUCUCCUUCUUCCACUUUCCUUUGUCUUUGGAAGAUCAAGAAGCUUACCUUCUGCCAAGUCUCCUCUCUUUUUCAAGAUUUUCUUACUUGGUCUUAUCGGGUUCAUGUCGCAGAUCGUUGGUUGUAAAGGUAUUGUAUAUAGCUCCCCAACUCUUGCCUCUGCUAUCAGCAAUCUGACACCAGCGUUUACAUUCACACUCGCCGUUAUCUUCAGGAUGGAACGAGUAAUGUUAAGUAGCUCUGCUACUCAGGCUAAAAUCAUUGGUGCAAUACUAUCUAUAUCUGGUGCUUUGGUCAUUGUGCUUUAUAAAGGCCCAAAAGUUCUCGCUGUUGCAUCUUCUACACCUUCAUCACUUACCAUUUCGUCUCACCAGCAUUUGACCUCAGUAGAUUCUAGCUGGAUACUCGGAGGACUCCUGCUUGCUUCACAGUAUUUUCUUAUAUCAGUCUGGUAUAUUAUACAGACUCGGGUCAUGGAGGUAUACCCUGAAGAAAUAACGGUAGUCUUCUUCUACAACUUAUUUGCAACACUAAUCUCAGCACCAGUAUGUCUAUUUGCGGAAAGUAACUUGACUUCUUGGGUACUUAAACCGGAUAUUACCCUCACUGCAAUCAUAUACUCGGGAGUCUUCGUUUCAUUAUUCAGCGCGCUUACCCACACAUGGGGUCUGCAUUUGAAGGGUCCAGUAUACAUAUCCUUGUUCCGGCCAUUGUCUAUUGCGAUUGCAGUCGCCAUGGGUGCUAUAUUCCUCGGCGAUUCACUUCACCUUGGGAGUAUCAUUGGAUCAAUAAUAUUGUGCUUUGGAUUCUACACCGUAAUUUGGGGCAAAGCAAGAGAGGAUACAAUCAAAACUAUAGCUGGUUCUGAGCAGUCACCUUUGCUGAUUACACACAUCAUAGAAGAUGAAGCCUUUCCAUUAAGAUAGGAUUGGUGCAAGUGUAAUGCUUAUACCAUAGUAAAUAUGGAUCCGUAAAAAUGUUGGUCCUCUAUGUUUAUAACUUCUAUAGAUGUCAGUAUAAGAUAUAUCUGUUCUUUUUCUUGUGUUAAUGAAUAUAUAUGUUUUCGUCUG